AUGGCAACCGCUUGUGGUCCAGAGCCCUUCAGACGGGCCUCCGCAGUUAUGGACUUCGACAACGACCCGGAUCACCUAGCUACCUCGAUGGGCUCUUUCGACGCCUCCUCUCUUGGAUCUCAACACUCGCCUCGUGGUGAUGUUCCUCCCCCGAACCCACCAUUCGUCUUUCCGGCCCAACCUGCAUCCCCCUCGGUUCCGAUAACAUUUGCCCGAACUACGACCAGGCGCCCAAUGUCAGCCAUCGAGUCUCCAAACAAGUCGUUCGACCUGUCUGGUGAGGAUGAUGGGGCUUACAGAUCAACUUUGCCGGCCUUCAGCUUCAAUCCUGGUGCUUCACUUCCAGCUGAUCCCUCGACGUUCAGUUUCAAUCCCGGCGCUUCGCUUCCAGCCGAUCCCCAGGCGUCCUUUCUCCUGAGCCCGCCUCUCUCGCCUUCCUCUCCUCGUAAUCUCCCCUCUGUCAAUCGACCGGCCGGUCACGGCCACCGACGAGGCGGAAGUGAAUUUGUUGGUGGUCGCCUUCGAGAAGGUAAUUCAAUCGCCGUCAUGAGUACCAGUCCUACCAAGUCGGAAAGCGGGUUCAACACGCCAACCUUGCAACCACCGCGAAGGGGCCACCGCAGAGGAAUCUCGGGCGCCAUUUCCACCAACGACUUGCCCAUUCUUCAAGCACCAGUCUUCGAUAACUCUCUUGGCCGUGGCAGCAGUGCGCCAACGAGCCCCACCACCUUUGGGCAAUCAGGCGCCGCCGUAAUGGCUUCAUGCCUCGAUCCCCUACCACCUGCGGCACCGGCGCCUGAAUCAAAACCAGAGGAGCCUGAACACUCGCCAAAGCCCAUCGAGCGGUCCUCGCCCGAAAGCAGCCCGAAGCAAAACAAGCCCAGUAACAAGGCGCGGGUUGGGUUCUCCGAUACCCUGGAAUUCAUCCCCAGACCUUUGUCUCUGGUCUCCAACGAGACUUCAAGCACUGUGACCGUUCGCCCAGGACACUCCCUAUCUGGCAGCAUUUCCUCCAUUGUAUCUGCUGCGUCACCCAGCGGCCGAAGCAGUCCUGCCCUUGUCGACGGCGUGCCUCUGUCUCGAACCUCAACUCGCGACCCCACCGAUUCAAGGCCCAGCACUGCCGGUGCAAUUCUCGAGCGUACACAGGAUCUCUCAGCGAUGAACUCAUCUCCGAGGCGCCGAAACUCUAUCCCCACGCUCAUCCACCUGGCGGAAGCCUGCCAAGUAGAGCAGCCUGAAGCCAGCCCUACCAAGACGCCCAAACGCUGGUCGUUCUUCGCCCGUGAUCCCUCAAGUGCCAGCUCGUCUCCUACCAGAGCACGCCCUCGCAGUUCUAGUUCCUCAGAUUCUGUCGCGAAAGCCCCAUCAUCCGAUCAUGGAUCUGACUCAGUGAGUGAGAUGCCUCUUGCAGCUCCUGCCAAGCAAAAGAAGAGCGGUAAGAAAAACAAGAAGAAGAAGAACAAGAAGGUCAAGGGCUGGGCGGGUUCAAUUUUGCCCAAGAAGCCUAAGGGUCACAGCAAAAGGUCAAAAUCCGACGAGGUUCGCCCUCCUACUCCUCCCGGAUCGACCGUCUCGCCCAAUGAGGAGGAUAACAUCCUGAUGGAAGACCCGGAAUUACUCGAAUCGACAAUGCCAACAGUCACUGUGACGGAGUCCCCUGACUUGCCAGAGGAUAAAUCUUCUAGGAAGCGUUGGGAGGAAGAAUCCUCAUACCCCAUGAUUGAUUUGGAUGCAGCGCUCGGUCCGUUCAAUACUCCCCUCCCUCUGAACCCUGAGUGGGAGGCUGCACAGCGGGCGGCCGGCAACCUUGGCAAACGACGACUUCACAGCGCCCAGGGCAUGAAGGGGUUCAGUGGCCCCGGCAUGCAUUACCAUCGGCGCGCGGAAUCUGCUCCAGACCUACCUCCUUUCGAUCCUGGCAGGGCGGGCAUUCAUCGCUUUAACAGCAGCUCUACAAUGGCUGACGUGUUUGAGGAAGACGAGGAGGAUGAACAUGGAAAUUCCAAGUCGAGGGCCGCCCGGCUAGAGUCUGACGACGAUACAGAGUCGGACAGCGACGUCACACCCCCGGCAGUCUUUACAAAAGACCCCAUGCUUGACGUCCAGGACAGAAUGUCGACUCACAGCUCUGCCCAGAGCAUGAGGCGAACCAAUUCGAGCCUCAGCGACAAGGAACAGUCGGCAGUGGGCUCCGUCCGAGCAGAACGAUCAAAGUCUUCACUGCACGACAGCAUCAUUGUUGAGGAGAUGCCAAGUGUAAUCUUCCGAACUGCAAACAUGUUCUUGGAUCGGGGCGACGCCUCAGAGUCUGCCACGCCCUCACUGCGGAGAUUAUCAGGCAACACAGACCUUGCUCCAGUGGACAUUGGCCCCAUCCAUCUCCCUACCCCGGCCAAUGUUCCCAACAGUCCAUACGCAAUCAGUCACUCGUCGUCAUUCCCAUCGCCCAGGUCACCCAUGUCAGUGGAAGUACAGCGCAUCUCUACAGCACCGUCGUCGAUCACGGAUGAGAACAACUUUCAGUCUUUGCUUCUGAUGGGGGAGCCUGGACCCGAGCGCAUGUCCCAACCCACGAUGCGAGAGCUGCGACCAGUCUCGGUUUCAUCCACAGCCUUCGGACGGCGACGAUCAAGUCUCGCCAGCCUCAGCCGGCUCAUCAGCAGCUCACACGGAGAGCGCAGCAAGCUCUCGAUGGAAGUCACAUUGGACAAUGAGCCCAAUUCCAAGAAGUCCAAGAACAGCCGGACAAAGCGACUGAGCCGUAUGAUGCAGUUUUGGAAGCCCCAUCACAAGGAGAGCGCAUCCAAAUAG